CGAGCACUGGAGAACAAGCAAGCAGUUGUAUGAGUCAGAUUCCCCGUGUUUGCCACGCUUCGCGGCAGGUACGUGGAAGCAGACACGCAGCCAGGCACAGAGGCAGGGCUGCGCGGGAGCCAGCGGGUUCCCCGUGGGGUUCCCUCUCACACCGUGACUGCAGCGCGCGGGCAGGGAGAGGGCUGAGAGCCGAGCCACCGCCCCUCUCCUCCCAGCCGGGCACCGAACCACUGCGCUGUGAUGGCAGCCAUUAGGGGAGGCGAGCUGCAGGCUCACAGCGCCCAGCGGAGCACUGAGGGGCUCCGCCAGGUCCCCAGCGAGGGCUGGCGGCUGUGCUGGGGGACACGGCGAAGGGCUGAGGCGGGGCAGGGGACGCGACAGCGGGCACCGCCAAGGACCCAGGUGCCCCGAACAUGGCGGACGCCCCCUCAGGGUGCCGAGAGCCUCGCGCCCCUCGCCCCACCCGCCCCGCGCGCGUGCGCGCAACCCCGCCUCGGCGUCAGCCCGCGGCGGCGGGGGGACAUGUCCGGAGCCGGGCGGAAGUGACGCGCGAGUAGGGGCGGAAGCGGGGCAGUGUCGCCGGGGUGUGGCCGGCUGGCGGCAGCUGCUGCUAGGAUGGAUGAGGGGAGAUUGCUUCAGUGAUGGAACCCACUCCUGCCAGUUCCUAGCAGAACAGUGGCCUGCAAGGCCAGGCUGAAAGUGGGAGGUUGAUGAUCCUGAGCACAAUGACUACGGUAGCCCAGAAGCACUUUCUGGAAGGACAGACGUACUCCGUGCCCCUGAUCCAGCCGGACUUGCGCAGGGAGGAGGCUGUUCAGCAGGUGGCUGAUGCACUUCAGUACCUGCAGAAGGUGUCAGGCGAUAUUUUCAACAGGAUCUCUCAGCGGGUGGAGGCCAGCCGGGCACAACUUCAAGCCAUCAGUGAGAGAGUCACCCUUGCACAGGCAAAGAUUGAGAAGAUAAAGGGCAGCAAGAAGGCUAUUAAGGUAUUUUCCAGUGCCAAGUACCCUGCCCCUGAGCGGCUGCAGGAGUACAGCUCAAUUUUUGCUGGUGCAGAAGACCCAGCUAAACAGAAAUGGCCAAGACACAAGAUUCAGAGCAAGCACCGAAUGCUGGAUGAGAAAUCUCUGCAGGAAAAGCUCAAGUACUUCCCUCUGUGCGUGAGCACCAAAAUUCACCAGGAGGACGAUGCAGAAGAAGGUCUUGGCAGCCUCCCCAGGAACAUCAGCUCCCUCAGCUCCCUGCUGCUCUUCAACACCACAGAGAACCUGUACAAGAAGUACGUUUUCCUGGAUCCUCUGGCUGGAGCAGUGACCAAGACCCAUGUGGCUCUGGAAACAGAGACGGAAGAGAAGCUGUUUGAUGCUCCUCUCUCCAUCACCGAAAGGGGACAGCUGGACCGGCAGGUAGCUGAAAACUAUUUCUACGUGCCAGACCUGGGCCAGGUCCCUGAGAUCGACGUGCCGUCCUACCUGCCAGACCUGCCUGGCAUUGCUGCGGACCUCAUGUACAGCGCGGACCUGGGCCCCGGCAUCGCACCCUCCGUGCCCAGCAGUGCCAUUCCAGAGCUGCCCACUUUCAACACCGAGUCGGUGGAGCCUUUGCAACCAGACCUUCAAGAUCCUGGGCUGCUGCCGCCUCCCCCGCCGCCGCCUCCCCCCCCACCUCCUGUUACGCCAACAACCGUGCCUCCCCCACCGCCCCUGCCCCAGCCCGCAGCGCCCCCUGAACCGGCCGGGACAGCGAGCGAGGAGAGCAGCAAGGCCGUGCCUGCAGCUGCGGUCCAGGGAGCCCCGAAGGAGGUGGUGAACCCCUCUACUGGGCGCGCCAGUCUCCUGGAGUCCAUCCGCCAGGCUGGUGGCAUCGGGAAGGCCAACCUCCGCAGCGUCAAGGAGAGGAAGCUGGAGAAGAAGAAGCAGAAGGAACAAGAACAAGUGAGAGCUACGGGACAAGGUGGAGAUCUGAUGUCAGACCUCUUCAACAAACUGGUGCUGAGGCGCAAAGGUAUUUCAGGGAAAGGCCCAGGAGCCGCAGGGAAUCCCGACGCUCCUGGAAGCCCCGCCGGUGCCUUUGCUCGGAUGUCAGACUCCAUACCGCCCCUCCCACCCCCACAGCAGCCCCCAGGUGAGGAGGAUGAGGAUGACUGGGAGUCGUAGAUGGCAGCUGUGCUUCAGUGUGAAUCCCAGGACUCUAGAGCUAAGCACCUUUGAGAGACACCAGUCUGUGGAAGUAUCUCCAGAGGGUGGGCUCUGGCUGGCAGGGGGACUCUGCCGUUCCUUCUUGAAGAGGAGCAGGAGCAGCAGGAGCUAACGCUGCUGAAUAGUUACCAGAGAGGGUUUUUCUUCUGUUGUCUGCCCUUCUCCACCCCCAAUACUACAUUCCAUCUCAACCUCCGCUGCUGCUCGCAGCAGCUCAAUAAAUCCUGCCGUAGCCAGAGGGCAGUAGGGCAGCUUGUGCUCAGAGGAUCAGGACAAGCAUUGCUCCUGAUUUAAAGGGCCCCUGGUCUUGCCUAAUGUGACUGGUGAUGACUGCGAGAGCCGCUCUGGCAGGCAAACAGCCCUUGCCGCAUUUGUCUCCGUCCGUGCUGCUUGCUUGCUGAAGAAGCUCCUGUUUGUUUGGGUGUUGCUAGUUCUGAGUUCCUGAAGCUGGGUGGUGAAGAGUGGAUGAGAGUCUGUCAGUCCCUUCGUGCUGUGCGGGGGUCUAAUUACUGGUGCCUCUGUACUUGAUGGUUUCUUUCCCUACCUGGCCUAUGGCAAGUGUUUGGCUGUUGCUUUCUGAAAAAAUGGCAAUAAAGUUCAAGAAAGCA